GGGACUCUGGGAGUGGUUUCCUAGGGGCUGAGUCUCGGUUCCUCUUAUUGCUGAUUUUCCCACUGGCGUUCCUCGAGGUCUGGGCAAAAUGGGCAAGUACACGAUCCGCGUCGCCACCGGGGACUCGCUCUUGGCGGGCUCCAGCAACCGGGUGCAGCUGUGGCUGGUGGGCGAGCACGGGGACGCGGACCUGGGGAAGCAACUGUGGCCGGUGUGGGGAAAGGAGACGGAGUUUGAGGUCAAGGUCCCUCUGCACCUGGGGCGCCUCCUGUUUGUGAAGCUGCGUAAACAUAAAAGCCUGUUGGAUUCUGCCUGGUUCUGCAAGUGGAUCACAGUAGAGGGCCCUGGGACCCAAGACAAGGCCCUUUUCCCCUGCUACCGCUGGGUGCAGGGCGAUGGGAUUAUCUGCCUACCCGAGGGCACUGCCCGGACCCUGCGUGAUGACCCACAGAACCUAUUUAAAAAAUAUCGAGAGGAGGAGCUCGAGGAAAGAAGGAAGGUGUACCGGUGGGGCUCUUGGAAAGAGGGAUUAAUCCUGCCUAUAGCAGGGAGUACACAGUGGGACCUGCCCAGGAACGAGCGAUUCCUCGAGGAUAAGGAUUUGGACUUCUCUCUCUCUCUGGCCAAAGGGUUGAAGGACUUGGCCAUUAAGGGGACAUUGGAUUUUGCAAGCGGUGUAAAAAGACUGGAAGAUUUCAAAAAAAUCUUUCCACGUGGAAAGACUGCCCUGGCUGAGCGCAUUCAUGAUUCCUGGAAGGACGAUGACCUCUUUGGAUACCAGUUUCUCAAUGGUGCAAAUCCUAUGCUCCUACGGCGAUCUAAGAGCCUCCCAGCACGGCUGGUUCUGCCUCCGAAGAUGGACAACUUAAAGACCCAGCUGGAGAAAGAACUCCGGGCUGGAUCUCUGUUUGAAGCUGAUUUCUCCCUGCUAGAUGGGGUCAAGCCUAAUGUCAUCAUUUUUAAGCAGCAAUAUGUGGCAGCUCCUUUGGUCAUGCUGAAGCUUCAGCCUGAUGGAAGACUUCUACCCAUGGUCAUCCAGCUCCAGCCACCUCAUCAUGGAUGCCCCCCACCUCUGCUCUUCCUGCCCUCAGACCCUCCCAUGGCCUGGCUCCUGUCUAAGAUCUGGGUCCGUAGCUCUGAUUUCCAGAUACACCAGUUACAGUCACAUCUGCUAAGGGGACAUCUGAUUGCUGAGUCUAUUUCUGUGGCCACAAUGAGGAGCUUACCCAGCCUGCAUCCUAUCUACAAGCUCCUGAUCCCUCACUUUCGUUACACCAUGGAAAUCAACAUCCUGGCCCGGCGUAGUCUUGUCUCUGAGUGGGGAAUUUUUGAUUUGGUGGUGAGUACAGGUAGUGGAGGCCAUGUGGACAUUCUACAGAGAGCCACAGCUUCUUUGACCUAUCGUUCUCUCUGCCCUCCCUACGACCUGGCUGACCGUGGACUCCUGGAUGUAAAAUCUUCUCUCUAUGGUCAAGAUGCCCUCAGGCUGUGGGGAAUCAUAAACCGGUAUGUGGAAGGAAUGGUUGGGCUUUUCUAUAAGAGUGACGAUGCUGUAAAGGGUGAUACAGAGCUGCAGGCAUGGUGCAAAGAGGUCACAGAGACUGGACUGCAGGGGGCCCAGAACCGAGGGUUCCCCGUCUCGUUAGAGUCCCGGGCUCAGCUCUGCCACUUCGUUACUAUGUGCAUCUUCACGUGUACUGGUCAGCAUGCUUCUGCCCACCUGGGCCAGCUGGAUUGGUACUCAUGGAUCCCUAAUGGCCCAUGCACCAUGCGAAAGCCCCCACCAACCUCCAAGGAUGUGACAGAGAAAGAUAUAGUGGAUUCAUUGCCUGAUCUUCACCAGGCUCGUAUGCAGAAGACUUUCACAAAGUUCCUUGGCAGACACCAGCCCGUCAUGGUGGCCUUGGGGCAGCAUACAGAGGAAUAUUUCUCAGGUUCUGGACCCCAGGCUGUGCUGAAGCAAUUCCGGAAGGACCUGGCUGCCAUGGACAAGGAGAUUGAGGUUCGGAAUGCGAGCCUGAAACUGCCCUAUGAAUACCUUCGACCCAGCAUGGUAGAAAACAGUGUGACCAUCUGAGAUGUUUUCUUCACCUCUGUCCCAUAACUCCACACUCCUAAGACCUUCAAGUACCCUGUCCUCGGCCAUAUUCCUGGUGAACAGAUUGUGUCCAAAGCUGUGCAAUCAGAGUGCCCAGAGCUGCCCAUCACACAACUUUGGGGAAUAUAUAAUGAUGAUUCUCAUUGCAUGUUAUAACCCGGCACCCUCCAUAGUUAUCCUACCUUAGUGUCCAACCAAUUCCUCCACUUCCUUGUCCUUUGAUCCCUCUCACCCAUUAUUCUUUGUCAAAGACCCUGGUUUAUAUAUAAAUACAAAUUUCUGAUUAAAUAACAAAGUUGUUCAUGCAUGGAGAGGGAAUCUGGGAAAAAGACCUUACCUUGUUUCCUGCACUCUUA